AAGAAAACCUUCAGACUUCAGGAACACAUCACAGAGCGAUAACAAACCAUAAAAAGGGUCAAAAAUUCUUCUACAAUGAGUAACACGAGUCCCCCACCUCUGACAAAUCCAAUUCCUACUGAACCGGCAGAAGAUAGCGCUGUGAGCAAUAACUAUUUUACAGCCAUUGGUGCCCUCAUCCUCAGCUUGGUCUUCCUCCUGGGUGUCCCUGGAAAUCUCUUCAUUGUCUGGAGCAUCCUGGCCCGCUGCCGACAACGCUCAGUCACCACCCUCCUCAUCCUCAACUUGGCAUGUGCUGAUGGGUUCCUCAUGGCUCUCACCAUCUUUUUCAUCAUGUACCUGGUCAUGCAGUCGUGGGUCUUUGGUAACACCAUGUGCAAAAUUGUGUUCUACCUGUGCAACUCCAACAUGUAUGCGUCAAUCUUUCUGAUAACCCUGAUGAGCGUGAACAGGCUGUUGGCCAUAGUCUUUCCACACACACUGUAUCACCUGAUCACCAGGAAGGUUGUGAGGAGGGUGAUCCUAGGCACGUGGAUGUUCGUGAUGGUCAUUUCCAUUCCCUCGUUGGUGUUUCGAGCUGUUACUGCUCAAAACAAAACAAAACUUGUGUGUGCACCCAAUCACACACUGUCUGAACAUGUGAGGCUUCAGUACACCACUGAGACAGUGGCAGGAUUCAUUAUUCCUUAUGCAAUCAUUAUAACCAGCUACGUUCUCAUCCUGAAACGCCUGAGGGAGACCAGGUUUCAACGAUUGUAUGGUAUGGCUGAGUCAACCCGAGCGGUGACCUCAACUUUGGCCUUCAUCAGCAGCUGUGCUAACCCGGUCCUCUACACCUUUGCUGGGAAAUCCUAUAUCAAGAAUAAUGGCUUUGCCUUUAUGGCUAAGCUGUUUGAGGGAACAUCAUCGGAGCAAACAGGAACCAAAAGCACCCAGUUCACAGCAAAAGACGAUCUGGGAAAGAAUAACGUUGAUUCUGAAAAUCAUACAGUCUGCCGGACUUUUGGCUCCAUGAUCCCGUCGUGGUUUGUGCACGUGGAGGCUCAGUUCACCCUUCCUGUCAUCUCGACUGACGACACGAAGUAUCACCAUGUGGUGGCCUCGCUCAACCCGUUAGCCACCUGUCGUGCAAUUACCCUCCUCCGGGACCCACCCGCCCAAGGGAAAUAUGCCGCCCUUAAGGAACUGCUUCUUCAGCGCUAUGCCCUGUCCGAUGCGGAGCGAGCCGAAAAGCUUCUCUCCCUCUCAGGCCUGGGUGUUGGCAGACGGUCGGUGGCGGCCAUGCAGACAUUUUAG